AUGCCUACCACGGAACCACAACCACACGACAGCCAACGCGACGACAACGCGCGUCAUCCCCGUAUCGCCAGUCUCGACUACCUCGACUGCCUUCGCCGCGUGAACAGCACAGCUGCCGGUCGUGGCAAGAGAAAUGGCAGCCGCAACGGCAGCGGCAGCGGCAGCAACAGCGACAGCGGCAGCAGCGACGUCUCCAGCCCACCGAGCCCAACGCCCGCAACCCGCCGACCUGUAGGACGAAAGCAGCGGCAACAACAACAACAACAACAACAACAACAGGGCUGGUCGAGCGACGACGCCCUUCCAUCAAGAAGAAGAGGGAGGGCCGAGUCCAAGUACGGACUCAUCACCCUCUAUCCUCUAGUUCCCAGGAAACCGUCCAUGUCGCCGUCGUGCCGGAAACCGGUCCCGCUGACCCCUACAGCCGUCGACUGGUCGCGUGUCCCUGGUCGUGGGGACGGGCGUGAGGACAGCGACGACGACUACGCCGACGACUGGGAUGACGACGACGACGACGUCCGCAAGAACAGAGACGAAACGGCGCAAGGGUCACCGCACACGCAGUCGACGGUGGCGGUGCCACGUCCUUCGGCCCCGGCUUCAUUUCCUCCUCUUGGACCCUCCUACUUUUGCGUUCCUCCUUCUCCUCCUCAUCCUCGCAUUCCAUGGGACUGGUGGUACCAGGAGAUAUAUGACGUGGUGGGGAGAAGGAAGAGGACGAGGCCCGAUGACAUGGAGUGGACGAUGUUGCCGAAGACGUCGUUGGGUGAAGGUGUUGGGAAGAGUAGGAAGAAGCGGCCAGCGCCAUUGCGGUUGGCGGCGCGAAUUGAAGACUGGGCCAUCGUGGCCUCGAAGGAGAAGAUAAGGGAUGACGAGGCAAAGGAUGAGAAGGCAAAGGACGAGAAGGAGACGGAUGAGGAGGAGGAGAGUGACGAAGAUGAGGACGAGGAUGAUUUUAAGGAUGAGGAUGAUUUUAAGGAUGAGGAUGAUUUUAAGGAUGAGGAUGAUUUUGAGGAUGAGGAUGAUUUUAAGGAUGAGGAUGAUUUUGAGGAUGAAGAUGACUACGAGGAAGACAACGGAAACGAGUCGGAUGAGUACGUCAACGUGGAGAGGCAGUCGUCAGUCUCUUUCGAGACUAACAAGACGAACGAGGAGGAGUGCCGGGGGAAAAAUGACUUCCUAGUGAAGAAGUUUGCCGACAUGGUGUUUGAUACGGCGAAGGCUCGGAUCAGCGAGACAGCAGGGUUGGUACAGGCAGGAUGGACCUCGCUAAAGAAGGUGAAGGGAAAUAGGCUGGGGGCGAAUACUGGAUCUUGGCAGACGAAGGCGGAGCCGGGUGGUGGUAACAACAAGGGAAUGGACGAGGCUGACACGGAGACCUUCGUCGAGUUGCAGCCGAUUGUUGUAGAGGAAAGCAGCGACGGCGACCGCCGCCAGACUAGGCAAAACACUGCUGCCUGA